GAGCUGCCUGUCACUCCGCGGGGACUUUCCCGGAGGCGGGGCUGCCUGGCACCAGCACUUCCUCGUCCUGCGCCGUGUCCCCUUCUUCAGCGCCGCGGAGAGCUGUGGGGAAACCGCGGCCGGGACGCUGUCCCGUCCCUCCUCCCUGGACCCUGCUUCCCAGGUGGGCUAAGCCACCCCCAUGGAAGGGAGAGGACCCUACCGGAUCUACGACCCUGGAGGCAGCACACCUCCAGGAGAGGCCUCUGAAGCUCUUGUGCGCCUAGUGGAGGAGAAUUCUCGGCUGAAGGAAAAAAUGCAAGGGAUAAAGAUGUUAGGGGAGCUUCUGGAAGAAUCCCAGAUGGAAGCAUCCAGGCUCCGGCAGAAGGCAGAGGAGCUCGUCAAGGAUGACGAGGCGCCACCGUCUCCUUCCUUGGGCUCCUUUGACCACCUGACUGAGCUCACAGGAAAGGACCCUAGCGUCACAGCACCACCCACUGCUCCUGCACACCCAAGCGACAAGUCCACACCAGGCCCAAAGCCUCCGUCUAGUGGCACGUCCUCUGAAUUUGAAGUGGUCCCCUCUGAGGAGCAAAGUUCUCCACCGGACAGUGGCAGCCACCCCAGGCACUCGAUGGAGCCAGGCCCCUUGCCCCGCGGGGACGGCAAUCUGAUGCAGCACCUGCAGCGCCUGGAGACCACCCUGAGCGUGUGUGCAGAGGAGCCUGACCACAGCCAGCUCUUCACCCACCUGGGCCGUAUGGCGCUGGAGUUCAACCGUCUAGCCUCUAAGGUGCACAAGAACGAGCAGCGCACCUCUAUCCUGCAGACGCUGUGUGAGCAGCUUCGGAAAGAGAAUGAGGCCCUGAAGGCCAAGCUGGACAAGGGCCUGGAGCAGCGGGAUCAGGCUGCAGAGAGGCUGAGAGAAGAGAAUAUGGAGCUCAAGAAGUUGUUGAUGAACAGCAGCAACAAAGAGGGCACCUGCGGGCGGCCAGGCUCACCGAAGACAGAGGGCGCUAGUGAGAAGACAGCAGCCAGGCAGCAGCAGGCCAGUGUGAUGCCAGGUAAGGCCCCGGAGCUGGGGGCCUUGGGUGCAGCUGAGAAGAAGGUGAGGAUGCUGGAGCAGCAGCGCAUGGAGCUGCUGGAGGUGAACAAGCAGUGGGACCAGCAUUUCCGGUCCAUGAAGCAGCAGUAUGAGCACAAGAUCACUGAGCUGCGCCAGAAGCUGGCAGACCUGCAGAAGCAGGUGUCGGAACUGGAGGCCGAGCGGGAGCAGAAACAGCGUGACUUUGACCGCAAGCUGCUGCUGGCCAAGUCCAAGAUUGAAAUAGAGGAGACGGACAAGGAGCAGUUGACUGCUGAGGCCAAGGAGCUGCGCCAGAAGGUGAAGCACCUGCAGGACCAGCUGAGCCCUCUCACCCGGCAGCGCGAGUACCAGGAGAAGGAGAUCCAGCGGCUCAACAAGGCCCUGGAGGAAGCGCUGAGCAUCCACGCCUCCCCGUCAUCCCCUACAGCCUUUGGCAGCCCGGAGGGCGCUGGCAGCCUCCUGAGGAAGCAGGAGCUGGCCACGCAGAAUGAGCUGCUGAAGCAGCAGGUGAAGAUCUUUGAGGAGGACUUCCAGCGGGAGCGCAGUGACCGAGAGCGCAUGAACGAGGAGAAGGAGGAGCUCAAGAAGCAGCUGGAGAAGCUGCAGGCCCAGGUCACCUUGUCCAACACGCAGCUGAAAGCAAUGAAGGAGGAGGAGAAGGCGAGAGAAGCCUUAAGGCAGCAGAAAAGGAAGGCCAAGGCCUCAGGAGAGCGCUACCACGUGGAGUCCCACCCAGAGCACAUGUGCGGGGCCUACCCCUACGCCUACCCACCCAUGCCAGCCAUGGUGCCACACCACGGCUUCGAGGACUGGUCCCAGAUCCGCUACCCUCCACCCCCCAUGGGCAUGGAGCACCCGCCCCCCAUCCCUGGCUCACGCCUCUUCCAUCUGCCAGAAUACACCUGGCGCCCACCCUGUGGCGGGGUUCGGAAUCAGAGCUCCCAAGUGAUGGAUGCGUCCACUGCUAGGCCUGCAGAACCAGAGUCUGCAAAAAAUGACUGAGGGGCCACAGUGAGACCAGAUUGUGUCAUUUGGCUCCACCUUCAUCUUGCAGAGCUGGCUGAUGUCAGAUCAUCGAGGAACUAGAGGCCACAUGCUGUGUUGCCAGUGCCUCGGAACAGGAGGCUGGCAUAGGCGGUGCACUCCACAAGACUGGGGAGGUGCCCUUGGAGCCCCGGGGAGGAACUCACACCUGGCGGCCACCAACACAUGGAAAGACCUGGCUAGCUCCGACUGCCGACCUCUUCUGAAGGCGCAGGAUGUCCUUCCUAAGAGUGGGGUGCAGCCAGGCCCCUUCCUUCCGAAACCUCUGUGGAAGUGUUUCUGGCCUCUUGGGUGCCAGGUCCAGUUGCGUGUAUGUUUGAUUUUUGCUUCAAGUGCUGUUUCAGGGCUGCCCCAUGCCCAUCCCCACCCCUCUGGGAAGAGCUGCAGGAAGAUCGAGCGGGGACCAGCAGGAGGCCAUGGCAGUGGCCCGUCAUCGCUACCACAGCCCAGCGUGAAGGCCACUGCGGCCACAUCUGUGCAGGGUCCCGGCCCCCAUGUCAGGAAGCAGGCCCACACAGGUUGGCUGCCUGUCCUUAUGCACCUGUUUGCACAAAUCGUGGACAUAAAUCCAAGUUGAGUUAGCA